CUUCAUUCUUUUGGUCACUUCUUCGCACAUAUUCUUUGCAUAAGAAAAAACAGUGUAAAGGAAAGCAAUGUUUGCCUACAUUUUGAGUUUCCUUUUGAUCGGCACUUUCGUGAGCGUAGAGAGCGCUCGGUUUGGAUUCACAGAUCCGGGCAAUGCUAACAAACUGAUCGACCAGUUGUUGGGUGUCGUGAAGACCAAAUACGGGGCCAAUUUGGACCCAUUCCACGUCCCGGACCAGCACUUGCACUUCGACAAGAAAGUUGCCCUCACCUGGUGGCACGGACAGUUGAACAUCAGCGAGGGUCUGAUCAAAGGGCUGUCGCAUCUGAUCCGGUCGGGCGACUGCGACAUCGGCACCGAUAAGGGCAAGUUUGUGGCCCACGUCCAGGUGGGCGACGCCAAUGUGGCCGCGCAUUUCCACGGCGUUAUGAAGCUCAACAUAUUUCACGCCACUGUUAACCUCGAUGUGUCGAUCGGCAAUCUGGACGUGAAAUUGGGUGUCGGUCUCGACGACAAGCAGAAGAUGCAUCUCAACGACUUCAACAUCGAUGAGCUCAAGAAUGUUAAGAUUCACGUGUCGGGGCUCAAGAUCUUUACCCCGUUAGUCAACGCGUUGGCCAACGCUUUUGUCAACGUGUUUAACCCCCAAACGCGACAGAUUUUGGGCAAUUUGCUGAAGGGUAUCAUCGAGAAGGAGAUCCAGAACAUUAAGAUCCCUCCCACAGCCAUCGCCGAGUACUAGUGAUUUAGUGAUCAAUGGUUUUUCCCGAUAAACCUAAUUAUGAUUUGUUUUUUAUUGUAAAAUAAUAAAUUAUAUUGGUCAAUUGUAAUGGAAAUACUUUAUCUUAUUAUAUAAACACUUAUAAAUAAAAUUUUGUUUAUUUGUUUGUUUAGUUAAUAAUCGC